AUGCCCGCCUCGUUCGGCGCGGGUUCACCUCAACUCGACAGCACUGGCACGCCCCAUCCAGGCGUCAACCGUCGCUUUGCUGUCAUCUUCGGUCAGGCCCAAGCGCCGACCAAGUUCACUCGCGCGCAGGCGAUCGACGGGAACGGAGUCGGGCAGAGCAUGUCGGCGGGACCGAACGAGGAGGACGCCUUUGUCGUCCUGACGACUUUCGUGCCCUCGCGGCAUGCGAUGGGUCCGCCAGGAGAGCGGGUGAUGGUCCUCGUGCAGAGCAUCGACGUCGACACCGGCGCGGUCGUCGAGUCGUGCAUCGUGGGCGAGUGGGACCCGCAGCAGGCGAUUUCGGCGUAUGGGCAGCGCGCGCCGACGACGCCGAGGGUCAGUCAGCUGAAGCGGAGCGGGGAGGACUUGAGCAGCGGUCGCGAGGCGCCUGGGUUGCGCAGUCCGGCAGGGUCAGUGCAUGGCAGUCCUGCGCGCGGGCAGGGCGAAUGGCAUCACGCGUCUGCCGCGCACACGCCCAACAUUCCUCAACACGCGCAAAUGCCCGGCCUCGACGCCUACGACGCUUCCGCCGCCGCUCUCGCCGUCCCUCUCCCCGCUCCCGCUCCUCCCGCCGCCUCGACUUCCACCGCUCUCCCUCCACCUCCACCUCCUCCGCUUCGACCCCUGAACUCGGGCCAGUACCCGCCACAACCCGAACUCAUCCGGACGUCGCAGAUCCACGCGGCGAAGAACGGCUACGGCGCGACCUACUCGCACAAGGUCGUUCUCAAGCUGCAGGGUGACCUCAACACGAUGGCGAUGGGAUGGACGAACGAGGAGUGGACGGCGCGACGACGACUCGUCCAGUUCUGGCCUCAGCAGGACGGCCAGGUCAUCAACGUCACCUUCCGUCCGAUUCCGCAGACCGAAUACGUCCAGAACUCGAUCGUCAUCUCGUGCAUCUUCCGAGACGACUUUAACGAGUGCUUCGUCACCUCCGUCGACACGAUCUACCUCCUCGAGGCGCUCGUCGGGUCGCGCUUCACCGUCGAGGAGAAGAAUCGCAUUCGGCGAAACCUCGAGGGCUUCAAGCCGCAGACCGUCUCGAAGGCCAAGCCUGAUGCGGAACCGUUCUUCAAGCUCAUCAUGGGCUUUCCGAAUCCCAAGCCGCGCAACAUCGAGAAGGACGUCAAGGUGUUCCCGUGGAAGAUCCUUGCGCAGGCGCUCAAGAAGAUCAUGUCGAAAUACUCCGCCAAUUACCCUCUCAACCCGGACGGCACACCCGUUGGCGGCCUCGCUCCCGCCCGUCCAGUCGAAGGUUCCGCAGCCGGCGAGUCACCUCAAGUCGACGGCGCUUCGCCGAACGACGAGCACGCCUCGCCUCGCCUCAACACGGUCGCCGGUCCCUCGAGCUCGACUACAUCGCCGAACCUCUCGCACGAUACGUCGCCACAUUUGCAGCAGUCGUCCUACGCGCAGCAGCAGCAGUACGUCGAGGCUGGCCCUUCUGGCGCAACGCAUACCCCGCCUCAGCCGCAGACGAGCUCGGCAUCUUCGAGCCAGGUCUUUGCGUCGUACCCCACGCCCCAGACCGCCUACCCGACUCCGCUGCCCGUUGCGAACGGCUCGCCUGCUGCAUCGGCGGGUUACUCGGCGUACCAGCCUGAUUCGUCGGCUGCGUCUGCGGCGUCUGGCCUCUUCCCGAGCGCGGAGGACUACGGCGUCUCGGCGUCGCACUUCCAGCAGCAGCAUCAGGUCGACGGUAUGCAGCCACACCUGAGGAGCUACUCGGAAGGCGGGCAGUACGGCGCCGUUCAGCAGGACGCGCAGCAGCCACAGGCCUCGGGAUACUCGAGCGCGACAAACGGCGACCAGGGCGACGAGUCAGCGCAGCAACAGUACGCGAAGGACGAGCCGCCGCAGCGAAACGGUCAGGAGCAGCAGCAGCGCGACGACGCCGACGCGGCAUGA